AUUACGUGAAACAACAUCCAUGCGGCGGGAAAAUGGGAUAUCACGUGUCUCUCUCUCUGGUCUCUGGUGACGUCAUAACCCCAGGAGGCUGGCUUUUGUAGGCGAUCUUUCUAGGAGCUGUUGGGCAGCUAUAGUUUAGAUGACACCGAGUGUCUGGAUUGGUAGGAUUAGCUCAAGAACGGAGCUUUGGCGCGAUCGCAUUUGUUAUCAUCUAAUCUUUUUCUCUUUAACAUUAAAAGUAUUUGGUUGAAAAACAUGGACGUUCAGGGGGAUAGUUCCUCUUCAGCAACAUUAGGAAUAUUGGUAGUUCAUUUCCGUUAUACAUAGUGAAGAAUAUGCAGUGAGGUGUAUAUGAAAUAGUGCAGAAUAACAGAAGUAAACUGGGACGAAGUAGGCAGACAAUUGAAGGGUGUCGGAAGAAGGAGACAGGGUCCCAUUCUUAUAACAGAGGCAACAUCAAUUCGUCCUACCCUCUAAUAAAUGUUUAUACGAAUUCCUCAAGUAGAAUUCAGUUAAUAAUGAUUCAUCACAUAAAAGAUAAAGAUUCUAAAACGAAAGGAUGUCUGAACUGAAAAGAAUAAGGUAUGAAAUAGAAAUUGGCCAAGAAACAUAUCUCCAUAUUUAUUUCUCCUGAGUUCCGUAAUACCUUGGCCAGAAAUUCCAAUAUAUUAAAACAGGCGUAAAUUGCCACUCUAAUUGUAAAAAUGCAAUCAGUGAUUCGGUAUAACGAUCUUGACCUUUGACUACGUCAUAAAACAUUAAGUUUAUAGUCCAAGGUUUUGAGAAGUUCCACUAAUUCUUAAGGUUUAUACUCAGGAGAACUCGAUCGAAGACUAUCAUGAUAAUUCACUUCACUUAGGAACAGUCGGGGAGGAAAAGUUUUUUCAUAAGCUUUUAGUUUACCUUCGAUUUAGUGAAUUCUUUCUGUCCUCAGCUGUACCAUCGACUCUAGUUGAGCUUUCGUAAGAAGGAUGUCAGUUUCAAGUACACCAAAUUUCAGACUUGAUGAUUGUCCUUAUAUUUCUGGAAAUCCUUCUUCCUGCCCAUGGACAACAACACAAUCCAUCGAUAUUCACCAAACAACACGUCAAUAUCCACAGAGAUAUCAAAACAUACCCUGCAUUUGGAAACUCUGCCUUUACACCUGAUCAUCAGACUCCAGUCAACAUUGACACCACAACUUCUGAUCGCGUCGGUAGGUUUAUUUCAAAAGAAAUUACCAUUCCUCGGUAUUCCUUUACCUCUUUCGAAAACUAUAAUACCAAAAAUAUAGCGCCCUCUACUGGUGACGUAGGUAGAGGAUCAACAAGAACUUAUGACAAAAAAGAGUCAAUAGAAUUAUCAGAUGGUGAUCAGGAUAAUGUUCCGAAUCAAAAACUUAAGUUCAAUCAGCAACUAAGAACAACUUUGAACAAUAAUGGUAGACCUAAGCCUUUAAAUAGACCAUUCAACGAAUUAGCUUUCAUACGGGAACCUUCGUCAGUAUUCCUUCUUCCAAUUCCCAGCAAUAACUCGAGAUCGAAAACAUUUGACUCUGCGCCUUCAGAAUACGAUCGAUCGUCUUCGAAGCAGUCCGAAAAUAAACCAAAUUAUAGCAGCCAGAAGCAGCAAAUAAAAACAAUUUUAAGUACAAAAAGCAAUAAAUCUCCACCUAAGUUUAUAGACGAAAAGCUUUCUUCAGAAAAAUCUCAGGCACCAUCUCCUUAUCAGAGAGCUGCAACGCAAUUUCCGACUUCCACCGUCAGGGGUCCGACGCAUUUCAAUCAAAAUGGACAGUUAAGAACUUUCAACAAAAUUGGAAAAGCCUCCUCUCCAGAAAGACCUGAUCUUCCAACUGACAAAACUAAUCUCUUCCCUACUUCCUCAAGAGGAUCUUAUGGUUUUACUGAACCUAAACCUAAGAUUCAAUCACAAGAAGAUAACAGUUACGAUAAGCAUGAUUUUGCUUCCCAAAUCAUUGAAAUUGUAGCACCUGACUCACGUGAUACAUCAACAAGAACGACUCAGGUAAGCAUUUCAGACCUACAGUCUUUGUUACAAUUGGUAAAUCCGAGAGAUUCGCCUUCAACGCUAUCUGGAGAAGCUCACGAGGCCGCAACUUACCAGAAUAUCCAAAAGCAAAACACAGAAAAUAGAAAAAGAGAACCGGUGUUUACUUAUCGUGUAGUUUACCUGCCAUAUGACGUGGUAAAUAAUAUUCUGAAGAAUGCAGGAUACAAUUGAUAUUGAAAGAAUAAAACAAAAAA